CUUCUUCUUCGUCUUCUUCUCCUUCUCCUCCUUGUUUCUGCAGGUAUGGAGACCACAAUUGAUAUUCAAAAGUUGGAGUCCUCUCCUAGUGGUGGAGUUGACAUAGAAGUAGAUGUACAUGUCGAUGAUCUAUUCGACGAGUGCUGGUUCUACGGUAAUCUGUUGGUCAACAGAAGAGCUAGGAUGCCGAGGUGUUAUUCUGAUCCUUGUUCUUCGUCAAACUUCAACCAAGAAAUUUCAAAGAAUUCACACACUGCAAAUUCUCAAUCCACUAAUGGCGGUUUGGUUCGUGCGCCAUCUUUGCCACCUUAUAUAGGUAGAAAAGAUGAAGUUCAGCAAAGAGGAAAAUUGGGCAGGCAAUUAUCUGAUCGAAUCUUGCCGCAGCAACCUACUAAACCGGAAGGAAUUCAGAAAGAAAGUGAAACCAGAAGAAUCAAACCAGCUGCAGCUACUCAUUCAUCGUUGCAAAGAACACAAACCUUGCCGUCUUAUAUAGGCAGGGAUCAAGAUAAAGACAGUGAUGCUCUGAUGAGCACAUUGAUUCUUGAAGCAUUGGCUAGCUCAUCCAAAACCUCCCCUCACAGACUAACUCCAAAGAGUCCUAGCAGUUCAAGACAUCGGCCACCGAGGAACCCAGAUGUAGAAAGUAUCAGCAACAAACAUGAUAUGAAAGAAACAAGAAAGGAAAGCUUGAACCAGAAGAAACUGAGGAAAAGCUUGAGCUACCUUGAGGUAGAAGAAUUACGAGGUUUCGAGGAGUUGGGAUUCAGAUUUGACAAGAGAAGAGAAGAUGAUCCAAAUGAAUUAGGUUACAAGAUGGUGAUGAUGAUGAGAAGUAGGCCUUAUAAUUGGUCUCAGUCAUGGAUGGAGAGGAGCUGUGCACCUCUCAUUCCAACUUGGGUCGCCAAGAACUCCGCAGAAGACAUGAAAGCACACAUCAAGUUCUGGGCAAGAACUGUCGCCACUAACGUGCGCCAAGAGUGUUAACGAAAAAACAAAGUUUAACCAUAUUUAUUUGACUGUAAUUGGAUUUAAUAAAGAGCUUCACUACA